UGGAGCUGCUAUCAGCGCUGCCCUGAGGGAGGGUAAAUGUUUGAAGGCUCAGUCUCUGAAAGUUACCGAGAGGUUGCAGCGGGCGGCUACGCAGGGAAACACCGUUUGCCAAGCGGCACCUUUGUUCGUUUCUGCAAUUCGAACAGAACAUUUCCUGCAAGCUGGGGCACUUUUCGAAGCCAUCAACAGUAACCAAUUCAGCCUCUGCCUACUAACAUUGCCACACACACAACUUGCCAAGACUGAAUUUGUACCAACACACACAGGAUGGAUGGGAUUGGCAAGUUAUGUUCUUAGCACCUCCAUGGACCUUCCAAGCAUUGGUAAAACAAAUAUAUAUAUGGCUGAGAUGGUGAAGGUGAUUUCAACUGGCCUAUUAAUAUUUUCACAAAUAAUCACAGACUUGCCAUCUGUGCAGACUUGAAAUGUAAGUAAUAUUGAAUCUUAAAUACUCACUGUGACUCAACUUUAUUGCACAGUGGAAUUUAUCGCCAUUUUGACUAUGAUUUUCUAAUUCCAAUAUCAUGGAAGUGGAGGGGACCCAGAAUGCCACAACUUCAUCUGAGAACAGGACAGUAUUCUCCACAGUCCUGAUUGGACUGGUAUUAGGAGUGAUUGUAAUAAUAACCAUCUUUGGGAAUGUGCUGGUUUGCUUAGCAGUUGGAUUGAACCGCAAACUCCAGAACCACACAAACUGUUUCAUUGUGUCCCUGGCUGCGACAGAUCUGCUGCUGGGUUUGCUAGUCCUGCCAUUCUCAGCUAUCUCAGAGCUGUUUAAAUGGCCAUUUGGGGACACCUUCUGCAACAUUUACACCAGCUUGGAUGUCAUGCUGUGUACAGCUUCCAUCCUCAAUCUUUUCAUGAUCAGCCUGGACCGUUACUAUGCUGUGACAGCUCCGCUGAGGUAUACCGUGUUUAUUACUCGCAACAGAGUUGUCAUCUCCCUUGGUCUGAUCUGGUGCAUUUCAAUCAUGGUCUCCUUCCUGCCUAUCAACUUAGGUUGGAAUACCAAAGAUUUAUCAGUGCAAAGCUUAGCCAAUACCAAUCAAUGCCACUUAGAGCUCAACAAAGUGUAUGCCCUUGUAGAUGCUUUCAUCACCUUCUACAUCCCUUUACCCAUCAUGUGCCUGACUUAUUAUCGAAUAUUCAAAAUUGCAAGGGAACAAGCCAAACGAAUCAACACCAUCACUGGAUGCACAGCACUGAACCAAUCACUGCCAACUGUGAAGGAGCAUAAAGCAACUGUAACAUUAGCAGUAGUGAUGGGCGUCUUCAUCAUUUGUUGGUUCCCUUAUUUCACAGUAUUUACCCAUGAAGGAAUUUCAGGCAGACAAGCCAACAAGACUGUCUUUGCUGUAGUCCUGUGGUUGGGUUAUGUUAACUCAGCCCUGAACCCCAUUCUUUAUGCCACCCUCAACCGGGAUUUCCGCAAGGCAUACGAAAAGCUACUGUGCUGCAAGAAGAGGACCUCAUACCAUAAAGACCCACCUGUCAAACCUCUGAGCUGCCGGCCGCUACACAACGGGGUCCCGAGGAAUGAACGGUGCCACCAACUAGGUCCAGAUGUGGAAGAGAAUGAGCUUACUUCAGAAGACAGGAAUGGUGAAAAUGUUGCUACCUACAAGGAGGAUUCAGAAAGAAAUCUUGUCACUUCUUGUGGAAGGUCAGCAGGGAUGAUCUCUUACUGCAGAGACUUAUGGGUGACAAAGGUCCGAUUGAUGAAAAACCUGUGGGUUCCUGAAUUUGGAGAGACUGAAGUAGAACCGAUGAAACCCGAAAGGAUUUUUGCACCUUGAGCACUGAACUACCUAGUCUUCAAUUUACACUGUUACCAAACAGGCAAUGAAUGUGCAAUAUUGAUUAGUCUGCUGAAAACUACCUUCAUGUGAUUCUCAUGUCAAGACUCAUAUAAGUGUUUUAGAGUUUAUUUUAAAGAAAUUUCGUAGUUUAUAUGUGAAUCUGAGAGUUAGUUCUUAAACUUGCUCUCAUAUUAUAAGUUGAAUUUCUGAUGUUGAUAUUUCUAAGUCAUUAUGAAUAACAUAUGUAAGGCAUUAGAUAAAUGGGAAUAAAUCAUACACCCUGAGCAGUAUUAGUGUCUUGAUCUAAUUAUGCAAUAAAACAGAAGUUGUUUUUCUGUAUGCGGUAAAGGCAUGAACCCAUGUUGGAAAGUCCAAGAUUUGCAUACUUCUCUUUUUCUGCAUCUGUAUUAGUGGACCCAGUUAAGCAAUACUGUAAUGAAUGAGUCAUGAGUGAAUCAAUAACUCUGUGAGCCAGAUUAUUUGGUAAUAACACAGCAGCUAUACUGCAAUGCUGAAAUUAAACUAAUAAUAACUGUCAA